CGCCAUGGGCCGGCCCCUCGCCGCGCCGCCGCCGCGGUAGCCCGCCGGGAUGAGCCGGCAGUGCCGGGGCGGCCCCAACGGCACCGAGCCCGGUGCCAUGCGUCAGCGGGGCAACGGGACGGGGCCGGCGGCGGAGGGCUGCGGCGCCGUCUCGGUGGUGUUCCCACUGACCAUGAUGAUCACGGGCAUCGUGGGCAAUGCCCUGGCCAUGCUGCUGGUCUCCCGCAGCUACCGGGCCAAGGGGAGCCGGAGGAAACGGUCCUUCCUGCUGUGCAUCGGCUCCCUGGCCAUCACCGACCUGCUAGGGCAGCUCCUGACCAGCCCCAUCGUCAUCUCUGUCUACCUGGCUGACCGCACCUGGGAGGCCGUCGACCCCUCGGGCCACCUCUGCUCCUUCUUCGGCUUCAGCAUGACCGUCUUCGGCCUCUGCCCGCUCUUCAUCGCCAGCGCCAUGGCUGUGGAGAGGACGCUGGCCAUCCGCGCGCCCCACUGGUAUGCCAGCCACAUGAAGACGCGGGUGACGAAGACGGUGCUGCUUGGGAUCUGGCUGGCCGUGUUUGCCUUCGCCCUGCUGCCCGUGGCCGGCCUGGGCCAGUACACGCUGCAGUGGCCCGGCACCUGGUGCUUCAUCAGCACCGGCGACAGCCAGCUCACCGGGAGCCUCUGCUUCGCCUCCACCUUCACCAUCCUGGGGCUCCUCUCCCUCGUGGUAACGCUGGCCUGCAACCUGGCCACCAUCGAGGCCUUGGUGUCUCGUUGUCGGACCAAAGCGACCGCGUCGCACUCCAGCAAGCAGUGGGGGCGGAUCGCCACAGAGACACUGAUCCAGCUCUUGGGGAUCAUGUGUGUCCUCUCAGCCUGCUGGUCACCGCUGCUGAUAACGAUGUUGAAGAUGAUCUUCAGCCACACAUCCUUUGAACACUGCAAGGGGUUCUUGGGUGAAGCCCAAGGCUCGGAACUGCACAAGGAAUGCAAUUUCUUCCUGACGGCUGUGCGUUUGGCCUCGCUAAACCAGAUACUGGAUCCCUGGGUUUACCUGCUGCUCAGAAAGAUCCUCCUCCAGAAGUUCUGUCAAGCAGCCAACGCUGUCUCCAAGUGCUCCAACAAUGAGUGGAAGGAGAGAUCCAUCACCUUGUCGGAGGAAAUCCGACGGACAACGGCCUGAAGGAGCACUGAUCCAUUUGCAUGGGAGCUGCUUUUGCCAACGAGCGGUUUUAAAUCUUACUGUGAAUUGGGGUAUCUGUAGCAUGUUAGCAUCUGCGUAAACCGCUGAAAAUGGUAUUGCUGAGUGGCCUUAUAGUGCCGAGUGAUUAUUUAUCCAAUGUGCCAAAAAUUCUCAAAUACAGAGGAAGGAAUUGGUUUUGUUUCUACAUUCUGUUGUUCUUGCCAUUCAUAACUGCAGAACGUGCAUAUUCUGCAUGAGCUGCAGAACAUGACGGUUUGUGUGCCGAAAAUAGAGUUUGGAGGGAAUUUUCCUGCAUUAAGGUAGAAAAAAUGGUUUUCCGAUCAGGGGACACGUGGAACAGGUUCAACACAUUAAAUUACUGAAGAUACCCACUCCUAUAUGUAUAUUAAUACUAAGAUUAUCUACUUCAGAGAGUCCUUCUUCCUCCUUUUUUUCUGGAGGGACAAGGGAAGAAAGGGGCAAAAAAUACAAGGAUUAAAGGAAGCCAAAGUUAGGAGACUUUAUUUGGAUUUCAGUGGUUUAAAACUGAAAAGAUGGUGUUGUACCAAUGCUGGCGUGUCACUCUCUUUGAAAGUAGCACGAGUCUCGUGACACAUGGCUUAGUCCCGAUAAAUACUUGUUCUGCGUGGAUGCUAAAGUGAGCUCGUCUGCGGAGGAGGAGGAGGAUGUAGCACUGGGACAAACAGCACAAGGGAGGAAGCUGUGAUUUUUUUUUUUAAAUAGCAGCCUGUGAAAUACCCAGGCGUAACAAGAAUUGCUGUUUGCCAAGCACACUAUAAAACUACUUUGAGCAGAUGGAGAGGGUGAUAAACAGGUAAGAGGCGGUAAAUGUUCUUCCUGUAGGUUAAUGGCAAAGGUUUACAAAGCCAAAAAUGCUGUGUUCAUAUGAGUUGUUUUAUUUGGAAAUGCACGUGUCCAGGAAUAAAAUGAACAUCAGAUGAUUUUUAAGUAAUGGGGAUGCCACUCAAAACGUCUUCAUUACUAAAAUGUCCUGUAAAGUGGCCAAAAUAGUACCCCAAAAUGCUUUAUUUCUUCUUUCCGCCAAAAAGACAAAUUUGAGAGAUAUGGCAGCUGUGGGAAUUUUUAAAAUAAAGCAGACUGGAAGAGGUGGGUAGAAGUGUGUGUGUUAGUCAGAUCUUUCCCCCAAGUAACUUUCAGGUUUUAUUAGAAAACUUGAGUUCUAAUCCAUUUGUGUCACAUCUGAAGUUUGUUUUUAAAGGGGCUACAUUUUUUCCCCGUUUUCUUCACCCUUUUGUAGGUGUUAGCCUCUAACGUCUCCUGUUUCGUGGCCUCUAACGUCUCCUGUUUCCUGGCCUCGUGGGUGAAAUUAGGUGGAAACACAAUAAAACACAGUAUAUCGUGUAGUUGUACACCAGAUACUGUGUGCCAUAGAGUACUGAAUUCAGGGGCCUUAAAGGCAAGUGUCAUCCUGCAUCUGCUGGGAAUUUCUUGCACGGAACCUUUAUUUUUACUUCUCUUCCUUCAUUUAUAAAAGUAACUACUCAAAAGAGAAACUGGCUACUCACUUUUCUUGUUCUGCUGCCGCAUUGCCUAAUUCCUUGUCUUCAUAUCAGUCAAACAGAAAUAAUUAAUCUGACAGCAGAAGCCGCUGUCUACAUAAAUCAAAUUUUACCUGGGUGGCGUUCGAGUGCAGCCUAAAAGCCAACGUCUUACUUGAAUUCACGAGCCAGCCUAAAAGCCCAGCGGCACAUUUUGCGAGGCACUGCCGUUGGUUUAGCGGUACUCAUCGCCGUCUUCAAUUUAAUGGGCUAAAUUCCUCUUUCAGUUAGGAGUCGCCUGCGUCCCUCGGGCUGCGCCGAGCCUGCGGGGAGCCUGCACGGCAACGGGGCUGCUCGCCCCGCUUCAUUUACUAAUCAGCACUGGGGGGAACACGGCGAAAUUAAAAUCGUACUCCUCUUUGAAAAAGUGCCUUGCAAGAUUCAUCCUUUUUUUUUUUUUUAAGUUAUUUUGGAAUAUUAAAAGCCUGUUGUGCUGCCCAGAGGAUUGGUAUUGUUCAGUUUAUGUACGUUAGCUUUUUAAAGCAAAUAAACAAACCCAGUCGCUUGUAAAAUAUGUCGGGCUGACCUUAGCAAUUGGACUGAGUCAUUCUUGGUGGAGACAUUUCUGAGCAGCGGCACUCGCAGAGCGCACGGCUCGUCUGGGACCCUGCGCGGGCACCGCGGGAGACGUUCUGCGAGGAAGAGGGAAUCAAUCCCCUUUGAUCCGCUCUUUUUCACCGGCAGGAGGAGGGUCUGGUUUCCCCUGUGCACAAUCAGUGCAGGAGGUGGAGUGAGAGAAGAGCUCGGGGGUGCCGUGGCCUGACCUCGGCUGUGGGAAGGGCCCUGCUUCGGUUCUCGGGGAGCCGCGCUCGGGCUCCUUGGUCCCAAGUGCCGGGGGGUUUCACUUCGGCUCACUGCAAGUAAUUCUGUUACGCCGUGCCUUUUCUUAGUGAAACAGGACACUGACUUUUACAGUUGGAAAAAGGCAGUUCUGUCCCUCUCUGGGUGCGGGAAUAUGAAGAAGCUACUUUAAAUAUCAGAACAUGGGAAAAAACGUCUGCUUUUAAUUUGUUUACAGAAAAGGAGUUUAAGCACUGUUUGCCAGCCGUGGCGGGGCCUGGCUGGAGGAACGCACUUUCAAAAAGGAAUUCAAAGAGCUUAAGCGUAAAUGAAAGCUUUUAUUUCCCAUCUACCUGUUUGAGUGGGAAGGUGUAUUUGUGUUGCAUUUCUUUAAUAAUGACUUUUAUGUGAUGUAUUUAAAUUCCACUAAAGUAGUAUUUCUAAUACUGGUUUUAAUCUGUUGUACUUCUGUCAGAGGUGUUAUGGGAACUGUAGGGUAUGGAAAAACGAUUUUGACAUCAUUGUUUGCCUUAAAAACUAGCUUGUUUGUGUAUCAAAUCAAUGUGUGUUGUAUCCGUCAGAAUAAAAGUUCGGCA